AUGGGGCAUUCACAAGAAGUUGAACCAUUCCACUUCCAGUGGCUGUUUGGAUCUCAGAAGAACUCGGGUCGGCUGUUGUGCAGGGAGGGUGAAGCGGUUCUCGCCUGUGCUGGUUUACAGCUGUACGUGUUGGCAGAUUCACACGGCAGAGCUCACUGGUGUGGAUGCGGCCCUUGUUUAAGGAUAGCCCCAGCUUUCAACGCUCUGAGUAACAAAUAUCCCCAGGCAACGUUUUUGGAAGUAGACGUGCAUCAGUGCCAGGGGACAGCUGCUACCAACAACAUAUCGGCAACACCCACCUUUCUCUUUUUCCGAAACAAAGUGCGAAUCGACCAGUAUCAAGGAGCAGAUGCUGUAGGCUUAGAAGAAAAAAUUAAACAGCACCUGGAGAAUGAUCCUGGAAACAGCGAAGACACAGAUAUCCCAAAAGGAUAUAUGGAUUUAAUGCCAUUUAUCAAUAAAGCCGGCUGUGAAUGUCUUAAUGAGAGCGAUGAGCAUGGAUUUGAUAACUGUUUACGUAAAGACUCUACCUACUUGGAAUCAGACUGUGACGAGCAGCUGCUUAUUACUGUAGCUUUUAGUCAACCUGUCAAGCUUUAUUCUAUGAAACUUCAGGGGCCAGAUAAUGGGCAAGGUCCAAAGUACAUAAAAAUCUUUAUCAUCCUUCCUCGAUCCUUGGUUUUUGAAGAAGCGGAACGGAGUGAACCGACUCAAGCCCUGGAGCUGACACCAGAUGAUAUUAAAGAGGAUGGGAUUAUCCAGCUGCGCUAUGUGAAAUUCCAGAAUGUUAACAGUGUAACC